AUGAUUAUCGGCUCCUUGAAUAUUAGAGGGGGGAUGAAUGGUCUCAAGAGAAGGAGAAUUUCGUCUUUGAUUAAGAAGGGUAAUGCGGAUAUUUUCUUAAUACAAGAAACUAAAAUUACUAGUAUGGAUGAUGAGAUGGCCAAAAGUUUUUGGAGAGAUUCGGAGGUGGGUUAUUCCUUUUCCAAUUCUUUGGGGCGAUCGGGGGGAAUUCUAACCUUGUGGAAAAAGGAUGUUGUUGAUGUCGAGAAUAGUUUUAAAGGGGACGAUUUCGUGGGAAUCAAAGUGUCUUGGAAUAAUCAUUUAUACUAUGUGGUGAAUGUGUAUUCUCCUUGUGAGAAUAGAAAAAAGAAAGCUUUGUGGAAUGAUAUUCUAGGUUUGAUGGAGAAAUUCAAAGAUGGGGAAUGGAUUUUAGGAGGCGAUUUUAAUGCAAUUAAAAACGGGGGUGAAAGAAGAGGAAGGGCGGUUGGGGAGAACCAAAGAGAGAUGAAAUUAUUUGCGGAAUUCAUUGAUAAGACUCUAUUGGUGGACAUACCGUGUAAAGGGAAGAAAUUUUCUUGGUUUAGUGGUGACGGCAAAUCGAAAAGUAGAAUUGAUCGGUUCCUUUUAUCUAGUAAGGUGGUGAGUAGAUGGGAGGUGAUUGGCCAACUUAUUGGAGAUCGAGAUGUUUCGGAUCAUUGUCCUAUAUGGGUGAAGUCGGACAAGGUGAAUUGGGGGCCUAAACCUUUUAGAUUCAAUAAUGAGUGGUUCACUUUGGAGUCUUUCAUGACGUUUGUGGAGGAAGAAUGGAAGAGUAUGAAGAUAGAGGGAAGAGGUGAUUUUGUUCUAAAAGAAAAGCUUCGGCUUUUGAAAGACAAACUUAAAUGGUGGAAUAAAGAGGUGUUUGGGAGGAUUGAGUUGGAGAUGGAGGAUGGGGUUCAAGAGAUGAACUUGGCCGAUGAGAUGUUAAUGGAGGAUGAUAUUGAUAAGUUUGAAGAGAAUAUGUGUUUGAGAAGGGAAGCUUGUGGUAGAUUUUGA